AUUCAACGCUAGUUCACUACCACUGGUCUACCACUGCUCAAGCUUAUCUCCAUAAUAAAUUUCAUAUCUCUGCCGUCUAAGCUUCUUCAACUCAGUUCAGCACUGUAUUGUGUUCUGCAGAAAUAGUUAUUAAUUAAAGCUCGCUAGAUUUGCUAGAAUCUGGUAAGCCAUGGGUCAUGAUGAAAUAGAAGAGAUGGAGCAAAUUGGUGAAGUUCCGAAAAAGGAUUAUCAUGAUCCCCCACCAGCACCAUUUUUCGGUUUAGACGAACUCAAGUUAUGGUCAUUCUACAGAGCUAUUAUAGCUGAAUUUGUAGCUACUCUCUUAUUUCUUUACAUUGGGGUCUUGACUAUAAUUGGUUAUGCCAGUCACAUAGGAGAGGAUGAAUGUGGCGGGGUUGGUGUCUUAGGUAUUGCUUGGGCUUUUGGUGUUAUGAUUUUCAUCCUUGUUUACUGCACCGCCGGUAUCUCUGGUGGGCACAUUAAUCCGGCUGUAACUUUUGGGCUAUUUCUGGCAAGAAAAGUUUCACUACCCAGGGCAGUGCUGUACAUUGUGGCUCAGUGUUUAGGAGCUACUGUUGGUGUUGCAUUAGUGAAAGCUUCUCAACCAACUUACUAUGACCAAUAUGGUGGUGGGAUCAAUUCAGUUUCCGACUCUUUCAGUAAACUAGAUGCAUAUGCGGCAGAGAUAAUGGGAACUUUCUUUCUUGUUUAUACUGUUUUCUCAGCCACUGAUCCUAAGAGAAAUGCUAGAGACUCCCAUAUUCCAAUUUUGGCACCUCUUCCAAUUGGGUUUGCCGUGUUCAUGGUUCAUCUAGCUACCAUUCCAAUUACGGGAACCGGUAUAAAUCCCGCUAGAUCUUUUGGAGCUGCUGUUGUCCACAACAAAGCAAAGGCAUGGGAAGACAUGGGGAUAUUUUGGUUCGGACCUUUCAUAGGUGCUGCUUUUGCUGCUGUAUACCACCAGUUUGUUCUAAGGGGUGGUGCUGCUAGAGCAUAUGGUUCAAUUAGGAGCCAUACUACCAGUGUCUAAGAGUCCAGGAUUUUCCUCAGAUAAAAAAAUAUUUAUCUUCAUUUACCUAUUCAGUGGUACCAUUUUUUUGUUAUCAAUGAAGCCAUCAUCACUUGAAUUCUGCUCAUGUUGUCUGCUAUUGUAUUUUGUGUUCUUUAUGCUCGUCUUCUAUGUUUUGAUUAUUCUCCACCUAAUAGUGUUAAUCCCAACUCUCAUGUA